AUGCAUAAUUUCAGAGCAAAAGAAGCUAAGCAUAAUAAAAAUAAGGAGAACUUAAAUGGUCCAUAUUAUACCCAAAAUUCAGAAAACCAUAUAAAAACAAAUAAAGAAAAACCGUUCCAUAGUAGCAGUAGCAAUUAUAAAUAUAUUCGAGAUAACCAAAAUAAUUUAGUCGAUUAUUUAAGUUAUAAUAAUUACACAUUUAGUAACUGUAAUGGAAAUUAUAACUCACGAAAAAUGUAUUAUAAUAAAAAUAUGAAUAACAGAUAUCAUAAAAUGCAUUAUAAUAAUGAAAAUGAGAAUGACUAUAUAGGAAGAAAUAAAAAUUAUAAUAACAAUAAUAAUAUUUUCAAAGAUGGAAUUGGUUAUGAAAAAUUUAAUAGACGACAUAAUCAGAACAAUAACAAUUUCUAUUAUAAUAAUGUAGACAAUAAUAAUGAGUACAAAACUAUAGGAAAUGAGUUAUUACCCCUAAAACAUAAAAACGAGCUUGAUAAAUCACAAAUUAAUGUUACAGCUGAUAAUGAAUUAAAUAAUAAAAAAUUUAAAGAUAUUGAUAAAAAAAAUAGCCAUCAAAAUGUAAUGAAAAAAGGAAAUAAUAGGAUGCGUAAAAAUAACUUCAUUUCAUUGGUGCCCCCCCAAAAUAAUGAUAAUGGUUGUAAUGUAGAAAAUCAAAUUAUUCACCCUGAAAAUGAAAAUAUCUUUGUAGAAAAAAAGAAAAAAAAUUAUAGCCGGUAUAAAAAUAAUUGUAAAAAUAAUUAUUCCUAUAAUUCGAAUAAUAGUAAAGGCCACACAUAUUUUAAUGAGAGUUAUAAUAACCCAGAAAAUUAUAACUACACAAGAUACAGUAAUAACACUGGAAAUAAUUCAUUUAGUUAUCGAAAUAAUAAUGUUAAUAGUGGAUAUAAUAAAAGCAGAAAUACUACUUCCAAUUAUAACAAUGUCCCUGAUAUAAUAGGAAAAAAUGUUGUUAGCAAAAGUGAAAAUAUAAAAUGUGAUACCCCAAGUAAUAUAAAAUUUAAUGAUCCCAUUUAUAAUGCUACAAAUAAUAGUAACGAUUAUAAUUUAUGUAUUAAUGGGUAUAGUAAUACUAAAAAUAGUUUUGAUUUAUUUGUUACCAGCAAAAAAAGUGUGCUUGAUGAUGUUGGGACAAAUAGUGAAAUAUGUUGCGAUAUAGAUAAAAGUAUAGGUUUUGAUUUGAAUAAAAAUAAUGCUAGCUAUCAAAAUAAAGAACAAAAUAAUGAUGCUGAAAAAAAUGAAAAAAAUAAUAUGACGACACAGAAAGAGCCUAUUUGGGAUACUUUCGCUUAUCAAAAGGACAAAAUAGAUAUACAAAAAAGUGGAGAAUGUGUAGAGGAAAAAACGAAUAUUAUUGCUAAGUUAGACGAAAAUGUAGCAAAGGGAGGUCAAAUAAAUAGUGGCAAUAAUAAUGAUAGAAAUUCUUGUAAUUAUACCCGAACGAACAUGAAUAAUAGUUGUCAAUAUCCUGAUGCCAAUCAUGAAGAGAAUGGAAACAAUUCAAAGUUUGUAUUUAACAAAAAUAAUUAUGGAAAAAAAAAUACCCCAAUUAAGUAUUAUAACAAUUCAUAUAAUUUUAAUUAUCGUAAUAACAUAAACACAAGGUAUUUCAGAAGGAAGCACAUAUCAUAUGAUAACAACAGUGGUAGCUAUAAUACUAAUUAUUAUUACAAAAAAUUAGACAUUGAUCGUAAAGUUAAUGAAGCAUGUAAAGAUAGAGACGAAUGUACCAUGGACUUAAGUUUCAUUGAUGAAAAUGACAAAAAAUCGGAAAGCAACAAAGUAAAUAUAAAGCUUGCUGUAGAAAAUGGUGACAUCAAUGUUUUAGAUGACAGUAUCUGUAAUCCAAAAUUAAAAGAUAACGAACUUGUGAUAAAUGAAGAAAAGGAAAAAGUUAGUAAAAAUCAGCAUUCCGAAUCGUAUAAUGAUAAUAAUAAUAAUAAUAAUAAUAAUAAACAAAACAACGUAAAUACAAUUAAUGAACCUGAUGAGGAUGAGAAUAAAAAAGAAGAAAGCCCCAAAAUAAAUAUCCUUCCACAAUCCACAAAAAGUAUAGAAUACCAAUUCGAAAAAAUUCCUAAGAAUGUUCCAAUUUUAGCUAAUAAUGAAGAGGAAAAUGGCAAUCAAAAUAAUAGUCUCAUCAAUAUGAGCAAUAUUUGUGUGUCUAAUUUAAAAAAUAAUAAUACUUCCCUAUAUAAUUCAGAUAAAAGAAAAAAUGCGAAAUUUUAUAAAAAUAAAAUGGACAUUACGAAAAUGAAAAAUACUUCUUUGAAUAUAAAUAAAAAACAAAUUGAAAUGAAUCCUAUAAAAAUCGAUACUUUAGACAUUCCUGAAAAUAAAUGCAAUGAUAAUGAUACUUUAUUUUUGGAAAAAAAUGAUGAUACUAAUAAUGGGAAGGGUAUAUUUACUAUUUCCUCAGGUUUAGAAUAUGAUUAUACAGUAUUUGAUAUAAAAAAAGAAGCAACUCAAAGUACGACUAUGAUAUGCUCAUCCGAUGGUAAAAGUGGGCUGAAUAAAAAUGAAGAACAUCUUAUUCAAUUUGGAUGUGUUGGAAAUGAAAGUAUAAACACUUUUUUUAAUAAACCUGUCAGCAUAAAUAAUAGCAAUGCCAGUGUUGGUAGUAAAAAAUUGGGAUCCAUACAAAAUGAAACAUUGAACUGUUAUAAAUCAGAAGUUCCCGAUUUUAAAGAAAACAAUGCUUGUUAUAAACCUGGUAAAAAGAAUAUCACUUCUUAUACAAAUAAAUCCCAUUGUUCUUUAGUUAAAUCGGGAGAUAAUUUUGUCGAAAUGAAGAAAAAAGAAGUUAUUUAUACAAAUGCGAAAAAACGGAAAAAUCGAAAAAAACGAAAAAAUAUUUUAAAAAAUAUUACUUCAACCAAUGAACCCAAAUCAGGUAAAACAAGCAAAACAAGCAAAACAAGUAAAACAAAUAAUACACAUCCUUUUCCAAAAUCUUUUCAAGAACCAAAAAUGAGAGAUAAUAAUGUUGGAGAAAAUGGAAUUUGUGAUGGUAAAAAAAUAAAUCAAAGACAUCGAAGUAUACAUAAUAGGUCUCAAUCAGAAAGUAUAUAUAAUUGUAAAGAUAAUUAUAUUAAAAAUUUGGAAAUAUCUAUGACCAAACCUCAUAUGGCAAAUUUUAUACAAUCAGUAAAUAGUGAAAAAUUUAGAAGCAUAUUAAAUAAAUAUAUAUUUAAUUGUGACAACAAUAUAAAUGAUGAAGAAACUCUGUUUUCGUGUGAUAAUACCACAAUUGAUAAUGAAGCUGAAAAAGUAAUUCUAGAUAAAUAUGUGCAUAAAGAAAUUGCCCAAGCUGAAUUAAAAAUAAGUUUACCACAUGUAGUGACUUGUUCAUCGAAUGUAAAUAAUAAUUUAGGAAACCAAAAGGAAGUAUCAUACCGUUACAAUGUUAAACCAGAUAAAUGUGUAUCAAAUUACGAGGGUUCACCCCAAAACAAUGUUGCAUAUGUUGUAAAUACUGUGCCCCAUUUUGAUAGCCUUAACAAUUAUGAAAAAAAAUGUGAGCAUAAUGAUGUGGAGAACAUUAUAAAUAAACAUACCUCUUUAAAAAAAACAGCAGAUUUGAUUAGUUACACUUUAUACAACUUUAAUAAAGAGUUUAAUUGCGGUUAUAAUGUUAAAACACAAAAUACGUUUCUUUCUAUAUAUAACGAAAAACAGAAUUUGGGAAAAAACAAAUACAAAAUAAACAAUAAAAAUAAUAUCAAUGAAAAAGAUAGCACGCAUUUCGAUUUAGUUAGCACUUGCUCGGACCCCAAAACUAAGGAUACUGUAUUGAAGAUCAAAGAAUGUGUAAAUAGUAUUGACGCUAAGGUGUGCGAAAAGGAUGAUAUAAUAAGUUACAGAGAGUAUAGAGAAAAUCGAAAAAAUAAUAACCAUACACCUCAACAAUGUCAUAACAAAGAAAACUUAAGCAUCAAUUACGAUAGAAACAAUAGCAUUAACUUUAUGAUAGACGACUUGAAUGAUUCUCAUCAUCAAAAAAAAUCAAAUUCCAAAAAAUCGAACAUUAGUUAUAGUGAAAAGGAUUGUUUAAAAAAGUGUUUAGUGAUAGAAAGUGAGUCUAUUGACAAGAAUAAGGUUUAUAUAAACAAUACAGAUAUUAAUCGAGGUAAUAAUGCUUAUGCAGAAAAUCAAGAAAAUAAAAAAAAAAUGAAUGUAAAUAAUAAUAUGUAUUUAAAAAAUAACAAGAACAAUAGUAAUACAAAUAACGUAAGUUAUUGCAAUAAUAUAGGCAUUAAGUAUAAUACAAACUGGUAUUAUAACAAAUUUAAUAAUGUUGUAAAUUCAAAUACUAAUGGGAAUAAAAGUUGGGAAGGAAAAUAUUCGAGCGAAUACAUAGGGACGGGAUCUUUUGCAGGGGAUUCAUUAAAUAGUCAUAAUUUUGAUACGCAUAAAGAAAUAAACAACAAAACGAACAAUGGAAAUUAUCCUAUGUAUGUACCAUCCUAUGUUGGGAAUGGAGGAAAUAAUAAUUUUUGUAACAAUUAUAAUUUCAAUAGUUUAAGCAAUUUCGAUAACUGUGAUAAUUAUACUAAUGCUCCAUAUAGUUGUAACACAGCACCAUAUAAUUAUAAAAGUUACAAUUAUUCUGCCGAGAGGAAUAACAAUAGUAAAAAUGCUAAUAACCGCUAUUAUGAGGUAACCAAAAAUGUGUAUAACUCUAGUGGUAAUGCUAAUAAAAAGCAUUUAAAUAAUAUGAGCCGAAAUGGAGAGAAAGAAAAUAGUGGCUAUUUUUUUAAUACAAAAUAUUCUGGUAUAAAUAAUUAUGAAAAUGUAGCUAGCACUUUUGCUUUCGUUGACAAUGAUAAUUAUAUUAAUCAUAACAAAAAUAACAACAAUGGAAGUGGUACAAAUUUUAAUCGUAACUCACGGGGUAAUGAAAAUGAUAUGAAUUGUACAGUCAAAUAUGGUGGAAAAGGCAAUUCUACAAGCUAUGGUCAUGACAAUUAUACGAAAAAUUGGAAUGGCACAUCUAACUAUCGUAAUAAUUACAAAAUGAAGACAAACUAUCGUUUUGAUAAUAAUUAUAUGGAUAUACAUCGAAAAUAUUCGCCAAAUAAUAUGAAAAAAAAUAUGAGAAAAAUAUGGAAUAGUCACAAAAAUAUUGAUGAAGGUGAGGAAAAGCAUCCUAUUGUUAAAAAGUAUAAUAUAUAUAAUAGUUUUACAAAUGUGGACAAUAAUAAAGAUAUCAGUGAUAACAAUGAAAAUGAAAAAUUAAACUACAAUAAGGAUAAAGAUAAACAAAGCGAUUAUAAUGUGAUUGAAAAUGAGCUGAACAAGAUGGAACAGAACAUUGGGAGCAACAUGCCUAAAGAUGUAGCAAAUAAUGUGGUGAACGAAAUAGAAGGGGGUGAAAGCAAUAAAAAGGAAGUUAAAAAUGGCACUGAAACAUAUAAUAGAAAUAGAAAAUAUGGAGACGUGAUAAAUAAUAAUUAUAAAAAAAAUUUAAUAAAAAAAAAUAGAUCCGACGGUGGAAAUUUGAACAACAUAACGAUUAAUGAAGGAGACAAUUUGCUGAUGCAUAAAAAUGCUAAAGAUGAUUGUACAAAUAAAAAAGUGAUAAUAGAUAAUGGUGAUGUGGGAACUUGGGAAUGCUAUAGAAAUGAGAGUGUCAACCCAAAUAAUUCCCCACAAGUUAGUGAAAAAAAAAAUAGUAAAGGAUAUACUUUAUAUAAUAAAAAAACAUAUUCUAAACAGAAUGCAAAAAAAAAUGGGAAUGUUUUAUUUAAUAAUGAUUCAUAUGUUAUUUCUAAUGGUAAAAAUUGUUCACCUCUUUCAAAAAAUAAUAAAAGCAAUAAUAAUUCUAAUUUUUUAAAAAAGAAUGACAAUGUAAAAAUUUUAGAUGAAGAAAAACAAAAAGUAGAUGCAAGAUGUUUAUCCAGUGUUGGGAUGGAAGAUAAUGAAUCUCGUGUUAAUGAAAAGACAGUUUGUAAUAAUAAAGUAACGACAUUCCCCGAUAAAUCCUCACAAAGUAGUAUUAAUGGCUAUGCAAAUAAUAUUGAAACGAAUAGCAACAUUUACAAAGGUAGUAGUUAUAACAUAAAAAAUAGCUUCAAUAAGAAUGAUAACAACAUUAGCAAUUUCAGUGUAAAAAAAGUAUAA